UUAGGUACGUUGAUGAUGUGAUCAGCCGCAUUGACAGGAUGUUCCCUGAAAUGUCCAUCCACUUGUCCAGACCCAAUGGAACAUCAGCAAUGCUCCUGGUGACCUUGGGAAAGGUUUUGAAAGUGAUUGUCGUCAUGCGGAGCCUGUUCAUUGAUCGAACAAUAGUAAAAGGGUAUAAUGAAAACGUCUACACAGAGGAUGGCAAGCUUGACAUAUGGUCUAAAUCCAGCUAUCAAGUAUUCCAGAAGGUGACAGACCACGCCACCACUGCCCUGCUCCACUACCAGCUGCCCCAGAUGCCAGACGUCGUGGUCAGGUCUUUCAUGACUUGGUUAAGAAGUUACAUAAAGCUGUUCCAGGCCCCGUGCCAGCGCUGCGGGAAGUUUCUGCAAGAUGGCCUUCCCCCCACGUGGCGGGACUUCCGAACCCUUGAAGCCUUCCAUGACACCUGCCGGCAGUAGCCCCACCCCUGGUUCCAGCCCCAUCCCUGGCCCCAGCCCCAGCCUCAGCCCCAUUCCCUGCCCCAGACCGGCCCCACCCAGAGGCAUCACAGAACGAAGGAUACUGAUGGCUGACAACAUUCCUCACUGCCCAAGUAUCAGUACAGCCACUCUCUCCUUUCACACAACAGUGUGUGCUAAGGCCAAGCCUGUUGAAGAGCAGACUCCAUUUCUGUGUUCGAUGGGACCGAAGGCUAGACCCCUUUCUAGCACCUGCUGUGAGGAGGUCGCACAGCAUGUUUCUCGUCCGUGUGGGUUGGCAGUACUGGCCAGCUGCCCCCAGCUCUGUGUGUGGAGUCACUUCCAUGAGCUGUUACUGGAAUGGGCCCCUGUGUUUAUACAUGCCUUCAUGUGGGAUUUGUUUUCUCUUUUUUUGUAACUUAUUUUUAUAAGCAAUAAACCUUUUAUA